GAAAGCGGUUUGCAGGAGGGGGAUUCCGUGGUCGCCGUGGCGCAGCCCGCGAGUCUCGCGGCCUCCGCUCGAGCCUUCGCUCUGCAUAGCAACGGCACCGUCGUGACCUGGGGACACGCGCGCUGGGGCGGGGACGCUUCGCCCCUCUCCGACGAGCUGCAGCAGGUGGUUGCCAUCGCCGCCACGGACGGGGCCUUCGCGGCCAUUUGCGCGGAUGGCUACGUGGUGACCUGGGGGGACAAGAACUCCGGGGGCAGCAGCAAGGAGGUGGAGGACCUCUUCUGGGAGGUGCAGAAGAUCCAAUCCAACGAGGAGGCCUUCGUAGCACUCCUGGCGGAUGGCUCCGUGGUCUGCUGGGGUGAUCGCGCUUUCGGCGGGGACUGCGAGGAGCUGCAACACCUGCUGGUGGAUGUCCAAGCCAUCCAGGCGAGCGGCCGGGCCUUCGCGGCGAUUUUGGGGGAUCGCACGGUUCUUUCCUGGGGCGACCCCGAGUAUGGGGGCGACUGCAUCGUGGAUCUGCCCCCAAAGGCGCGCGUCAGGGAAGUCGCGGCCACCGACUCGGCCUUUGCCGCCAUCCUGGAAGACGGCCAUGUGGUGACCUGGGGCAACGAAGAAGCCGGCGGGGACUCGUCGGCGGUGCAGCACCGGCUGAUCAACGUGGAGAAGAUCGCGGCGAGCGAAGGGGCUUUCGCGGCCAUCUUGGGCAACGGUGAUGUGGUGGUUUGGGGGGGACUGGACUACGGCAACAUACACUAUAACGAGUCGGAGCUGAAAGGAGUCAAGGACAUCCAGGCCACACUGCGCUCCUUCGCGGGCAUUCGCUGGGACGGCACUGUGGUGACCUGGGGUUCCCCGGGCUCCGGCGGGGACUCGCGCUCCGUGCGGCCCUUCCUGACCCACGUGGUGAGCGUUCAGAAGACGACGCUGGCCUUCGCGGCCACCCGCGUGGACGGCUCGGUGGUCACCUGGGGCGACGAGCGCGGAGGCGGCAACAGCUUCUGGGUGCAGCACCAGCUGUGGGGCGUGCAGCAAAUUCAGGCCACCUCCCAAGCCUUCGCCGCCCUACGGAAGGAUGGCACCGUGGUCACUUGGGGAGACCAGCGAUUCGGCGGGGACAGCAGCCAGGUGCAGCGUCAGCUGAGGCAGGUGCAUCAGAUCCAGGCGACGCAGUGUGCCUUUGCUGCUAUGCUGCAAAAUGGGCAGCUGGUGGCGUGGGGAGAUCCUAAAUUUGGAGGCGACUGCGGGCGAGCAAAUGAGCAGCUGGAAAAGCUGUAG